AUGCAGGAUCCCAGCGGGAACAACGGUUGCAGAACAGAUGGUGAAGAAGAGGAUGGCCAGCAUACAUCCAGAACCCCCCAUGCCCAAGCUAGCUCACAGAGUUCUGAAGCCGAGAAUGACCAUGGUAACACCCCUCAUGAAAGUCAGCCACAAGAUUCUGGUAGCCAGGCUGCCCAAGGCAGCCUCGACUCAAGGAGCCCUGUAGAGGCAAGAGUAGUGGCAGAAGAAGCAGCCAUAGCUCCUCAGAGCGAGCAGGCACCAAUUAUCCCAGGACCCAGUGGAGAUGCUGCAACAACAGCUGGAAGUCGACUCCUGGAGUUUUCUGUAACAGUGCCAUUCAGGACUGCUGUGGAGGCAAACAUAGCCUGCAGAUCCCUGGCCUCAAAUGUCCAGCACCAGCAAGUGAUGGUUCAGCAAGAGUUCACCGUGAAUGACACUACUCUGACUGUUAGGUGGACUACUGAAGAUCCUGUUCUCUUCCGAACAUCCAUCAAUGCCUUCCUUGACCAGCUCUCCCUGGUGAUGAGGAGUGUCCCACGCCCAGUGUUUAUGGCUGUUUUCAAGCAAGGAAGAGGAAGAAAUAACGAACUCUAA